CCUGUCCCGGCCCGCCCAACUUGCCUUCUUCCGCCACCGUGUAUCGGACGUUUACUAGCUACAUAGCCUUCGUGUUCAUGCCCGCCAACGACCGCUACAGUCCUCUCCCCUCUGACGAGCACGACGAUACCGCCUCCUCUCCCGCUGAGCCCACCCCGCAUGCGCCCCUCCUUCCGGGGCGCCAGAAGGCCGCCUCGCGCAUCAAGUCGCGAUGCGUGCUCGAGGUUUCUCCGGACGGCACGUAUCACUAUGCAUACGGCCCAAGCGGGCUUGCUGGCCUCUUCCACAACCGCUAUGCUCUACUCUGCGCCAUGGUUGCCUCAAUUGGCGGCCUCAGCUUCGGAUACGACCAAGGGGUGAUUGCCAAUAUUCUCGUGAUGCGGGACUUUGUCCAGGAAUUUCCCGUCACGCCCCUCCAGAAGGGCAUACUCACCGCCGUCCUCGAGCUGGGCGCCCUGAUUGGCGCGCUAGGCGCUGGCGUUCUCGCCGACCGCUACUCACGGCGACACUCCAUAUUCAUCGCGUGCCUGAUCUUUCUCAUCGGCUCGCUCUUCCAAUGCCUCGCGCACUCCCUCUUUGAUCUCUUUGUGGGGCGUGCGGUUGGCGGCGUCGCCGUCGGUGCGUUGAGCAUGCUGUCGCCCCUCUAUAUCUCGGAAGUGUCCCCGCCCGAGCUGCGUGGCUCGCUCAUGGCCCUCGAGCAAUUCUCCAUCGUGCUCGGGUGCGUCCUUGGCUUUUGGACAGGGUUCGCAACGAGGAACAUCCCCGGCUCCCCCGCUUGGCGCAUCCCCCUCGGCGUGCAGAUCAUCCCCGGCAUCUUCCUCGGCGCCGGCUGCAUGCUCCUCCCGCCCUCGCCGCGGCUGCUGGUCCUGCUCGGCGAGCACGACAAGGCGCUGGCCAGUUUGCGCAAGCUGAGGGGGGCAGGGGUGGAGGGGUGCGAUGCGCUGGUCGAGAUCGAGUUCAUGGAAAUGCGCGUGGAGGCCGCCCUGCUGCAGCGCACCGCGCCCGAGCGCUCCAUCGACGCGCGCGGUGCCGAUACCGUCCCCAAAGGCCACGGCUCCAUCUUCCGGGGCUACAACACGCUUUUCGAGAAGAAGUACCGCGAGCGGACGAUGAUUGGGAUCAUGACGAUGUUCUUCCAGCAAUGGGUCGGCAUCAACGCCCUGCUCUACUACGGCCCGACGCUCGUUGCGUCCAUCGGGCUGCAGGGCGAGGAGAUGAGCCUGCUCGUGUCGGGCGGGAUCGGCGUCGCGCAGUUCGUCGCGGUGCUGCCGGCGAUUGCGUAUAUCGAUCGGUGGGGACGCAGGCCGCUCCUGAGGGGCGGCGCGGUGGUGAUGGGCUGCUCGCACCUCCUCAUCGCUAUGCUGGUCAAGGAGUUCUCCGCGGACUGGGAGGACCACAAAGGAGCCGCGUGGCUGGCCGUCGGCGCGAUCUACGUCUUCACCAUGGCAUACGGGAUCUCGAUAGGCCCCAUCGGGUGGGUCCUGCCGUCGGAGGUGUUCCCGCUGUCGGUGAGGAGCAAGGGAGUGGCCAUCUCGACCGCGUCGGUAUGGUUGAACAACUUCCUCAUCGGUCUCAUCACGCCAGAGCUCAUGGAUAUCUCGCCUGCCUCGACCUUCGCCCUCUUCGCCACCGCGAGCUUCGCCGCGUACAUGUGGGCGACGUACCGCGUCCCGGAGACAUCGGGCGUCGCGCUCGAGGAGAUUGGCGCCAUGUUCAGUCAUGGUGGUAACCUGGAGCUGGAAGAGGCGGCGCUGCGCCAGCAGAUUGAGGCGGUUAUGGGGCUGCCGGAUGUGGUGAGGAGGGCCGCGGCGGGGUUGAAUGAGAGCUGAGUGGGAGAAGAGCUAAGAUGGAUGAGAGGAGAGGUCGGUGGGGCCUCGCGGAACGUUGUCUUUCGAGCCUUGCCUGGACGGACGGAUUUUAUCAUAGCUUUCGAUAGUAUUUACUGUACAUCACCACUGCACUACUAAUCUAUACUCAAUCGACCUUCCCAAGUUAGAGGCCCGGCC